UUUCUUCGAACUUUUGAUGAUCGGCGUCAUCUUUGCGAAAAUUGAGUCAGCCAAGGCUUUAGCCUUUAAAGAUAGUCCGGUCACGCCAUUUAAUGCAUUUGGAUGUCUGACAAGGAGUUCAUAUAAUGCAUUCUUACCUUCAUGCUUGUCAAAAAGUUAUUCAAAUUUUGUGUUCUUGUUGCAAACGAAUACCAAAAACUUGAGUUUUGAAAUUCUCUUCAGUGUCAUACAAACAUACAGUUACUAG